CACCCAGCCCCCUCACACACACACCCCUCACACACACACAUACACCCCUCACACACACACACACACCCCUCACACACACACACAUUAUGAUUCCCAUGGCGACCUCUCUCUUCAGCCCUGACAUCAACACUAAGACCGCCUCCGACCUGCUCAUCAAACUCUCAGCAGCCACCCAGCAGGCCGGGGUAGAGCCGGGGGCUGUGGUGAAGCAGGAGCCCCAGGAGGAGGACCUGAGCCCUGGGCAGCAGCAGCAGCAGGCAGGUGAGCCUGGUCUGGCUCUCUCUCCAGACGGGCCUGGGGCUAGUCCUGAGCCCCCCACCUCCCACCUCACCAGACCAGAGGAGGAGAGAGGCCUGCUGGAGCAAGACAUCAGUGUCACUUUGGCUUCUGAACUGCUCAGGAGACUGUCUGAGAAGCAGGAAGUGGUGGUCCAGGGUUUAAAGGUGAAAGAGGAGGAGGAGCCUAUGGAGAUUGACCCCCUGACCCCCAGCGUGACACCUGACCCUAUCCUGCCCCCAGGGGAGCGAGCAGAGUCCGGGAGGGGUGAGAAGACACCCCCUCCACCUCUCCUCCCUAAAGAAGACCAGGAUCUGUUCCAGAGAGAUCUCUUCUCCCAGGACAUCUCAGUCAAAAUGGCCUCUGCUCUCCUUUACCAACUGUCAGGUACCCACAACACUCUAGAACCUUCUACCAACUGUCAG